UUUAUGAUCACUGUUAAAACUGGAGAUAAAGCCGAUGCCGGGACGGAUGCCCGUGUCUACAUUAUCAUGUAUGGACUCAAGGGACUGGAGACAAGUGGCAAGAUCUGGCUGGACAAUGGAGCGUUGAAACGAAAUAAGAUAGACAUCUUCAAUGUGGUCGUGGACAAGAUGAUCAGUCCAUUGUCUAAAAUUGAGAUAGGCCAUGAUAACACUGGCGCUGGCCCUGGCUGGUUCUUAGAUUCUGUCACAGUAAGUUUUUAG